UUGCCCAUCCACGCAUGCAUGCACGCACGUCGUUUCUUUUCGUUGAAUCCACGCCUCCCUCCUGCCUAUCCUCCUGCUCCUUGCAACAUUUCUCUCCGAACACGCUGCAACGAGCCUACCAUGAACAUGAUUUCCUAAGUGUGGCUUUCACCGCUCUUCCUCUUGGUCGAGGGCAUGGGUGCUGGAGCCGAAGGCUCUGUUCCAGAUAUGACCCUGGGUGCCAGCUAUCCGGGUGAGGUUGAACAACCCAUCUCCGAAGUCAAGCUGCCGGAGUCCCUGCAAAAGCUGACUUUUGGCAAGUACUUCAAUCAACCCACGGACGGCAUCUUAUGGCCCAAGUCCCUGAAAGAGAUACGGUUCGACGAAAUCGAACAUUACACCUCUGGGACUGAAGGUGGUUUCAACCAGCCCAUCGCUGGUGUCACGUGGCCUGCCUCCCUCGAAAUUCUGGUCUUUGGCCCAACCUUCAACCAACCCAUCGCGGAUGUCACGUGGCCGGCCUCCCUACGGCAGCUGUCGUUCGGGUACUCCUUUAAGCAGCCCAUCGAAGAAGUCGUGUGGCCGGCUUCCGUGCAACAGCUUUCAUUCGGGAUGCAAUUCAACCAGCCCAUCGUUGGAGCAGUGUGGCCGACCUCGUUGCAGCAGCUAUCGUUCGGGUGAAAAUUCAACCAGCCCAUCGCCGAGGUCGUAUGGCCGGCCUCCCUGCCACAGCUAUCGUUCGGGAAGGAAUUCAACC